AUGGCCAAGAAAGGCAUGUGGGAGCGCAAGCCCAUCAAUGCCGAUGAGACCAUGAAUAACUACAUCUGCCUAAAAGCGGAAGGGGAGCGGGUGGCGGCGGAGCUCAAGGAGCUUGAUGAGGACGAGAUGCCCAGCUGGAACCGUCAGCAGAGGGGCAAGUCGUUGGGGCGGUGGAAGAAGAAGGACCUCGCGGACAAGUGGAACAAGUUGAAGCAGCGGGUUGAGCAGACCGAGGACAAGGCGGUCAAGUACAUGGACGACAAACUCAAGAACCUCGAAGACGCGUAUGUGACGGAGUACAACGAGAAGCAGGCCAAUCUGCCGGGCGAGAGCGAGAUGCCCAAGACGCUGUUGACAACAAUCAAGAAGCUCGGGGAAGAAUGCACAAGGUAUAAGCUGAUCUCGUGGACGAAUCCUUUCUGGAUGGUUCAUUCUUAUCUUGUGUAUGUGCAUCGUAGCGGAUAG